UCAGGAAACAGAAGGCGAAUUUUCCUCUCUUGCAAGUAAUCGGUAUCGCAAUAAUCGCAUCCGUCUCGGACGCUCAAUUUUCAUCCACAUCGGCUUCGGCACAAUAAAAACCUGCUAAACUGGACUCGGAACAGUUUAGAACAGGGCAACAUUCUGAAGUUUCUUUUAUCAUCGGGAGGCUGAACGCAAUGGAGCCAGCCUUUGGGGAGGUGAACCAGCUAGGCGGUGUUUUUGUGAACGGAAGACCCCUGCCCAAUGCCAUCCGACUCAGGAUAGUAGAGCUGGCCCAGCUGGGCAUCAGGCCUUGCGACAUCAGCAGGCAGCUCCGCGUUUCUCACGGCUGUGUAAGCAAGAUUCUGGCCCGGUACAACGAGACCGGCUCGAUACUUCCCGGCGCAAUCGGCGGCAGCAAGCCAAGGGUCACGACCCCGACCGUAGUCAAGCACAUUCGGACUUACAAGCAACGGGACCCUGGCAUUUUCGCUUGGGAGAUUCGAGACAGACUGCUCGCCGACGGUGUGUGUGAUAAAUUCAAUCUGCCCUCUGUCAGCUCGAUCAGUAGGAUUCUCCGUAACAAGAUCGGAAAUCUGUCUCAACAGAACCAGUACGAGUCGACCAAACAGGGCCCUCAUCACCAGCCACAACCCACCCUGCCAUACAACCACCUGUACUCGUAUCCUACUCCAAUCGGAGCCACUGGGACUAAAGUACCAACUCCGCCUGGCAUGCCCACUCUUCCUGGACACAUGGCAAUGCAUAGGAUAUGGCCUUCCUCUCAUUCUGUUACUGAUAUUCUGGGCAUUCGGUCAAUAACGGAGCAGCAAAUUAGUGACAGUCCGUCCUUUCCCAGCGCCAAACUAGAAGAAUGGAGCGCUAAUAACAGGAGUAAUUUUUCGCCAGGGAGUUCUACACUAGUCAAUGGCGUGGAUAAACCUCACUUAAAACCUGAAGCAAAAUACACACAGAUGCCGAAUGGAUUGCCCACAGUGAACAGUUAUGUCACAGCUCCCAGCAUCCAUCCUUACCACCCUCCCACCCAAGUGUCACCCUACAUGGGGUACAGCGGCACCACGUCGGCCUAUGUGACCGGCCCCACAUGGCAGCCGCCCAAUGGCAGUGCUCUCUCUCCCCACAGCUGUGACAUCACCGCCCCACUAGCCUUCAAGAGCAUGGCUGCCAUGCGAGACUCUUUCCAUCCUGUAAUGGCCUCUGCUCUGUGAGUUUUGAAGGAGCGUGUGGGGUCAAAGAGAGACAGCAAAAGAACAGAAUGACAGAAAGAGAGAGAUGGGGAAACACACGGCAAUACGGACUUCAGACCGACUCUCUCUGGAUGGACUAAUGUUACUAAUGUAUGCCUUUACAAUAUUUAUGAAAGACUUGUCAGACGAGCCAUGUACCAUUCUGAAUGCCCGUGAUCUCCUGCUCCGUAUCAGCAUCGCCCACUUGUCUGCACAGGAAAAAAAAAGAGAUUAAGAGUGAGAAAAUGCAAAAGCUAUCCUCUCUGAUCUGAACCAAGCAAAGGAUUAAGUAGUAAAGAACGUCAGAUGCUUUAUGGUGUUCAGUACACUAGCCUGAGUUCAAUGUUGGUGCUUCUCUCAGUGAAUAUAUUGUUCUUGUAUGUUUUCAAGAAAAUGAGUCAAAUAUAAAUGGUUGAAUAAGCAAUCUCAUGUAAAACAACUGACCAGUUUGCAUUUACUGUUUUUCAGGGUGUUAUAAAUUGCUAAUGUCUAGAUGUUCCGCUUUGUUUCUUUUUUUAUUGUCGUUUUUUUUUUAAUCACUUUUUUUUUUUGUCUUUUUGGAUACCAGUUUCACUUCACUAAUAAUGUAUGCCAGAGCUCUUGGGAAAAGUUAUUACGUUUAUUUAUUAGACGGUAAGUUACGUUGAAUGAAGUGCAAUUGAUACAGAUAUGGGGAGAAGAGGCAACAUGUGGGACAUUGAUGCACAUUCGGAAAACAGGAGCAUUCAUUCAUGCAACAUUAAUUAUCAGUGAAGCUGCACACUUCCAGACAUUGCACAAUGAAAUUGAAUGUAUCUUAUUAAAAGAGACAUGUGUAAAA